GAUUCUUUGCCAUGCUGUGGGUUUGAAUGGAGCGCAGUGGAGUCCAGAGGCCAGAUGUGCUGCAGCUGCUUCUACACACUGAACUUGGAAGUUGGAAUUACACGACAAGAGAGCAAGUACUAGUGAGGGCAUGGACUGGGCAUAUCACAGGCAUCUGUUCUGUGUGCUGAACAUAUCCAGUACAUAGUCUCUGAUUCCCCUGCCCUCACAACAGAGGUACAUUAACUCCCGGAGGUCUGUCUGAUAUCAGGUAGUCUGAUAUUUUCCAACAAGAAAAAUAUUGCAGUGAGUGACCCCGGGGCAUUACACGGACGGAAUGGCUGACUGGAGUCACACAUGGGCUGCUGAGCUGGGCAGGAAGGUGCUGCUGGCUGCUGUCUGUCAGUUACUGCUACUGUCGCACUUCUGUACCGGCAAGAGCCUCAGCAAACGAGCUCUGCACCUGAAACUAAGCGACAAGUAUGAUGACUAUGGGUAUCCACUGCACCCACAUAACACAAACUACCAGAAAAGUGAUCGGUGUCCUCCUCCACCCCAGAGCCUUCCAGAACAUGCCUGUGAGGUGCCCAGCUGCCGCUCUGACUCUGAAUGUGAGAGGCAUAAGCGCUGCUGUUAUAAUGGAUGCAUAUAUUCAUGCUUGGAGUCUGUCCAACCUCCACCAGUUCUUGAUUGGUUAGUGCAGCCAAAGCCUCGUUGGCUGGGUGGAAAUGGCUGGCUUCUUGAUGGACCAGAGGAAAUAUUGCAAGCUGAAGCCUGCAGUACCACUGAGGAUGGUGAUGAGCCCUUACAUUGCCCAACAGGAUAUGAAUGUCACAUAAUCAACCCAGGCAACCCAGCAGAGGGAAUCCCCAAUCGAGGACAGUGUAUCAAGCAAAGAGGGAACUCAGAUGGAAGACAUUUGAGACAUAAAUUUUACAAAGAAAACCUUGGUGGAAAUUACAACAAUGUUAUGGUUGGAUUUAAAAAACAACCCCAGAAGCACUUAGGAUAAAAUACAUUAAUUGUCUUUUUCCAAAAAUGUAUCCCAAAUGGAGCAUCAGCCUGCAACAAAGUCCUAGCCCUAAACCCCAAUUCAUAUAAUAUAAUCCAUAUGAGUUCUCAGAACCUUAUUUUUAGUGGUGCAUUUCUUAUGUAUCUAAAUAUAAAAUGGAUGCUGCUUGUAACCAAAGAAACUCCAAAGGAACCGUCUCGCCAACAAAGAAAUAUUUCCACAUCUCACCAAUAAAUCAUUUAUAAUCUAAUGCUACAUCCCAAAACAUUCCCAUAAAAGACAAUGCUGCAUACUGUAUGUCUUGCCUUCCUGGCCCCUGGAGGGACACACAGCUUUCUACUCCAAAUACAUUAGGCAUAACCAGCAUCUUCCUCUUCAACCAGAAUGAAAAUGUUGUCUUUUUUCACACAACGGACUCACUACCAAUCUUAAAAAACAUAAUCUUGGUUGGAGUCUAAAGGUCCCCAUAGACCCGAAGAUUUCUCUUGCCGAAUGACCGAUUUUAGCAAAGUCCGACCAAUCCUACGA